AUGACUACUAGUGCAACAUCUGCAACGGCAGCUUCGUCGUCUACUGUACCAUCAGGUAAUAUAGAUACUACGCAACAAGAAGAUACUCCACGUGAUGUGCGUUUAUUACAUUUAUUACUAGCAUCACAAGCUAUUCAUCAAUAUGAAGAUCAAGUACCUUUACAAUUAAUGGAUUUCGCUUAUAGAUACACUCGUGGUGUAUUAAAAGAUGCUAUGAUUCAUGAUUCUGGGAAAAAAACGAAAAAGGGUUUAACUGUUGAAGAUAUACGGUUAGCUAUUGCAGCAAGAACACAAUAUCAAUUUAAACCUACCGCACCAAAAGAACUAAUGUUACAAUUAGCAGCAGAUAGAAAUAAGAAAGCUUUACCUCAAGUAAUGGGCUCUUGGGGUAUUAGAUUACCGCCUGAAAAAUAUUGUUUAACGGCAAAGGAAUGGGAUAUUGAAGAGAAUAAUACAUCAUCAAAUCAGUAA